AUGGCAAAAGUGAUUGAAUGGGAAGAAACGGCAGUUGAAGAAGCUGGGGACAACCUUAAGGACACCUGUGAAAAACUUAGUUUUAACAAACAGCACCAUGAACGGAUGAUACCUUUGGCAAGUCUUUUGGAGUUAAGUCCAGAUAAUACAGAUGAUAUUCUCAAACAAUAUAAACCAAAUGCACUUACAGAAGAUGAUGUUAUUAUUCUCAAAACGUUGGUAGAAGGUGGAGGGUAUUACAAGUUAAAACUUUUAAAAGAUGCCGCGGAUGCCACUGUGAAAAUUAAAGUCAAGAAAACGAAUGGCUCAAGCAUAUCCUUUAGGAAUGGAACAGGAUGUCUAGUAAAAUGCCCACAACAACUCAUGAAGGAUGGCACGUUUUCAAAUUUUGCAGUGAUGACAAACUUCCAUGUUGUAAAACAG